UCUUUUAGAUUUAGAAUGGCAGCAAAAAAUCUAGACUAUCAACCAGUUGAGAGAUCUGGCCACUCCACAGUAAUAGUUGGAGACUAUUUAUACAUGUGGGGUGGGAAGCAGACUGAUCUCCCUGAGGUACACAAUGAUGAAAAUAAAAAAGCAAUGACAUCUGUUAUGGAGAUGUGUUACUUACCAACUGGUAAAUGGGAACAGAGGCCUACCAAUGGUAACCCUCCACUGGGCGUUGAGGGUUAUUCAUCAGUUGCAAUCGGGAAAUUUAUUUACUACUUUGGUGGCUAUUGUGGCCAUGACGACUGCUUUCAUAAUAGUUUGUAUUCCUUCAAUGUGGAUACAUUCAAUUGGAGGGAGCUUUCUCCUUCUAGUCCCGAUCAUCAUGGUCCAAAGAUGAAGGCCUACUCUGCUAUGGUGGCGGUACAACUGAAUGGUGAGGACUACCUGGCAGUAAUAGGAGGAAGGGGAUCAUCUUCUAGCAAUCGUUAUUAUAGUGAGAUACACUAUUAUGAACUUUCUUCAGGCAAAUGGGUAUCACCAAGAGUCACUAGAUGGAGACUGCAUUCCAUUCACUCAUUUACUUUGACAUCAGUUACAAGCAACAUGGCAAUACUGUUUGGGGGCCGUACUGCAUAUGGAUACAAUAGCAACCUGUUUGUUAUUAGUUUUGCCAAGACCUCAGUUGAUAUAUUAGAAGCACCUAACCCUGGAGGAUCAGUACAGUGGCCAGAAGGACGAUAUGCUCAUUGUAGUGUACUUGUUAGCUGUGAUGCUGGACCACACUUGCUAGUGAUUGGUGGAGUGUUAAAAAAUUUUAGGAAUGCCUAUGAUACUUGGUUGUUGGACAUAAAUAACAGAAAUUGGAUGAAGCUAUUUGCGGAUCUGCCAUUUAGUGUCACAUGGAGAGAGUAUUAUUCCCUCUCAAGCUGGAAUGUUACACGGACCACUAGUUGGAUGAUAAUGUUUGGAGGGGAAACAACUUACAACAGUACAGCAGUAAUUGAGCUCACAUUUGCUAGUCGUAUGCACUGGUCUAGCAGAUAUAUUUAUCUUGACUGGUAUGAGGAAGAGCUUGCAGAAAGGAAGAGAGAAUGGCAAAUACAACUAGAUGAAGAAGUGUAUCAAAUUGAUAAAGAUCGACAAUAUGAGCAGUUAUUCCAGGAUGAAUAUGACGAAGAAAUUUUUCAGCAGACAAAAGAGCUUAAAGUAAUCCUAAAGAAAGAAAAUGAGGCUCAAUUUACUCAGCAACUCCAGAAAGUUACCUAUCUUCUUGAGCAGUUAUAUAUAGCCAAAGCAUCACUUGAAGAGCAGAAUCUACAGCUGCAGAAUCAAAUAAAAGAAGAACAAAGGUUAAUGGCUUCAACUCUAAAAAAACAAAAAGAAAGGGAAGAUGCUCAUGAAGAACAGGAUGAGAUCAUCAAGUCAUUAGAAAAUAAACUGGACGAGGAGAAGAAAGAGGAAAAGAAAUUGAGACAAGGAUUACAGGAAAAGAUCGAAUCACUUCAGCAGCAGCUGCAUCAGCAAGUAAAAGAUCACAAGGAUGCAUCAGUUCAGUUUGAUUACCUUAUUCCUCAGUCAGAUUCACUAGACUCUAGUGUCAUUAUAGCUGGACAGAAGCUCUUUAUCCUACAAGGAGACAGGUCUCACUCACUCCAGUGGGAGAAAUAUGGAUUCAGAUUAGAGUGUCCUCAAGGAGCAGCGUCCAAGGAUACUGAAGUAGCUGUUAGUGCACUAGCUGGUGGUAAUUUCAAGGUACCCAAAGGUACUGUGCUAGUGAGUGCAGUAUAUGCAAUAUCAGUAUCUAAGGGACUAUUAAAACCACUGGUAAUAGAGCUACAACAUUGUGUGGAUCUAAGGAAGACUAGUCAGACUGGUUGCCUCAAGUUUGUGAGAGCUCCACUGAAAUCUCCUUACCAGUUCAGUAUAGUUGAAGGAGGAUGUUUUAGAGUUGGGAAAAGAUACGGAUCAAUAAAGCGUGACCAAUUCUGUUGUAUGGGUAUUGUAGCUGAGAUGAGUAAUGGAGACACACCUAGUGACAGUGAGAGUGAGGAAGGUUAUGAGACACCACCUGAAGGAUCUAAUGAUGACACACAUAAUGUUAGUGUCAAUGGAGCAGGAGAGACUAGCACUUCACAACUCUCACUAAUGAAUAGUGCAGGAUUAGUAAAUGAUGGCUCUAAUCAGGAAGUACAAGUUGAAUCAAAUUCUGGUACUUUAAAUGAAGCUUCUAUUGCUAGUAUUAAAUUGUCUGAAGGUGAAGUGAAACAAAGAACAAGUAACAAUAAAGGAGUUGCUCAAAAUGAUGUAUUAUACACUGGAAUGAUGUAUCAUGAGGAGAAGAAAGUUAAUCAAUGGAUGACCACAUUUUCUGUUGUUAGAGAUUUGAAAGUUCUUCAGCAGUACCUACAAAAUACACAUUCUAAUGCUGAACAAGAUGGACCAUUUGUCAUAUUCAAGUACAAUCAACCUGAUGGUAUCCUUCAGUUGUGUCUACAAGAUACUCCAUCACUUGAAUCAGGAUGGACUGUACAUCCUGACCAGUCUCCAAUACAAAUACCUCAAUAUGUAGUGGACAAGUUUAUUGAUAAUCCUAUGUGUUCCAGUAUCCAUAUAUCAGUGUAUGCUAAACCUGGUAUUGCUAAGGAUCCACUUCAUUGUCCCAUUGAAUUAAUUGGGAUAGAUCCUUCAAAAAUUAUUUACAUCAACCGAACACCUCCUCUGUCACAUACAAUAGACAGUACUAGCUCAAGCUCCUCUACUGCUAGUAUCAGUCAAACCAGGAGAGAGACUGAAGAAGGUACAUUUAGAUCUGAUAUUGCUCAUAGAGUAAUGACAGAAUGUACUGGAAUGAUAAAGGAGAGGCUUGAUCUGAAUACAUUAAUAGAUAAGCUACUUGAGAAGAGGAUGAUAAACGAACGAGAGAGAAAUAAAGCUCUUGAUGAAAGAUGUGGACUAACUGCUAAUCAAAGAAUGGAUGAGCUGCUUAGUUUAGUUAAAGCAUCCAUUAGAGAGGAUGGAGAAGAUUUUGGUUUGUUUCUAGAAAUAAUUAAACAAGAGAAUACAAGAAGAGCUGAUAGACUAGCACAGACACUAUUAGAUAAUUAUAAUAGGUUUAUUAGAUCUGUUUAAUGUUUAGAUUCAAUGUCAUUGUGAAACACUUUA